AUGAACACUUUUGGUGGUAUGUUACCUCAAUGCAUAGCAAACUUGUCUUCUCUUAGAUACUUCCAUGUAAAUGAAAAUAAAAUAUUCGGAAGCAUCCCAAAUGGCUUUGGAAAUCUGGUUAACUUGGAGAGUGUUUCGCUGUACGGGAACCGAUUUUCAGGUCACAUACCCCGUAAUGUAGGCAGGCUUCAGAAGUUAUAUGAUGUAGAUAUGAGUACAAACUUUCUCUCCGGGAAUGUUCCAUCCUCUCUUGGAAAUUUAAGUCAAUUAACUAGAUUAUUUCUUGAAGGCAACAAACUUCAAGGGAAUGUCUUGUCAACUUUAGCACAGUGUCACAAUUUGAUUAUCUUAGUUCUUGAGGAUAACGAUUUCAACGGAAUCAUAUCCCAAGAAAUCAGUGGUCUCUGGUCCUUAUAUGAAUUGAGGUUAUCUCAAAAUCAUUUCACAGGUUCCCUUCCCCAGGAUAUAGGAAAGUUAAUAAAUCUAGAGUUUUUAGAUAUCUCUGGGAACAAGUUAUUUGGUGAAAUUCCACCAAGCCUUGGUAGUUGUAUUAAAUUACAGUAUCUAGACAUGCAUGAAAACUUCUUCCAAGGGAAAAUUCCAUCAUCCUUGGCUUCACUAAGAGGUCUUACAGAAUUAUAUCUUUCUCAAAACAACUUCUCAGGCGUGAUUCCAGAAUUCUUGGACCGGUUGCAAGUUUUGCAAUCCUUGAACCUAUCUUUCAACAAUUUUGAGGGCAGCAUACCAAUCAAUGGAAUUUUCAAGAAUGCAACUGCCACAUCAGUGGAAGGAAAUAGUAAACUUUGUGGCGGCAUUCCUGAAUUUCAUUUGCCAAAAUGCAGAGUUCCACACAAAAGAGGACUAAGUCCAACCAUGAAAUUGAUAAUCUCUCUGGUUUUGGGGAUACUGGGAGUCAUUUUGGUACUAACAUUCUUGUACCUUCAAUGCUUACGAAGGGGAAAAAAGGAAAGCGCUUCAAGUGAUUCAGACAAAUUUCUCAAGGUGUCUUAUCAAAGCCUUCUAAAAGCUACUGAUGCAUUCUCCUCUACCAACUUGAUUGGCAUGGGCAGUUUUGGGUCCGUUUAUAAAGGAGUACUUGAAGAUGGUGGAGCAACAAUUGCAAUAAAGGUUUUCAAUCUCGUUCGUCGUGGUGCCUACAAAAGUUUCACUGCUGAGUGUGAGGCUUUGAAAAAUAUAAGACACCGUAAUCUUGUGAAAGUACUCUCGGUGUGUUCAGGUUCUGACUAUCGCGGUAAUGAUUUCAAGGCCUUAAUUUAUGAGUUCAUGGUUAAUGGAAGUUUAGAAGAAUGGUUGCAUCCUGCUGGAACAAAUGGGGAGAUAAAUGAAAGACAAAAGAGCUUAACUUUUUGUCAAAGAUUGAACACAGCAAUUGACGUCGCUAUGGCGUUAGAGUAUUUCCAUCAUCAUUGUGAGACGCCAAUUGUUCACUGUGACCUGAAACCCAGCAACGUUCUUCUCAACGAUGAUAUGAUUGGACAUGUAGGUGACUUUGGGUUAGCAAAAUUCCUCCCCAUAACUUCUCAAACCAUUUCUGGUGAUCAAUCAAGCUCGCUCGGAAUAAAAGGAACAAUUGGUUAUACUCCUCCAGAGUAUGGUCUGGGACACAACGUGUGGAUGCAAGGAGAUGUGUACAGUUAUGGCAUUCUGCUGCUCGAGAUGUUUACAGGAAAAAAACCAACCGACAAUCUGUUUCAAGGAACUUUAACCCUUCAUAACUUUGUCAAGGCCGCUGUGCCUGAGCAAUUGGUAGAGAUUGUGGAUCCCGUUCUUGUUCAGGAAAUGGUGCAAGCGGAGAUGAGCACUAGCAAUCAUCGUAAUGAGGAUAACGCAAGGCUUCGCAUGAAAACCGAAGAAUGCUUGAUUUCAAUUUUAGAAAUUGGUCUUGCUUGCUCUGCAGAGUUGCCUGGAGAAAGGUUGGACAUGAGUGAUGCUGUGGCACAGAUGUGUCAGAUCAGAAAGAAGCACACUGUGCAGCGUUAGCAUGCAAUAUAGUUGUAAUGUUUCCUUGGUUUGAACUAGUUUUCAUAUUUCUUUGAUUAAUAAAGACAGUAUGGCUAGCUGAUGACUACUUUGCCAAACUGGCUUCAAUA